CGGAGUCGGCGUGCGUGCAUCAUAAACUGCUCUAUAGAAUCACAUACACGCACAUCGUAAUCAAUAAAAAGAGCUUGUUUCGCAACUGGUGUUUCCGUGAAAAUACAGUGGAAAUUCAGUGAAGACAUCGCACAGAGUAAGAGGCCCACUUAUCGACCCUACCGAUCCAGUGAGGAGUUUCCAUUUCCAAAUUCUGUGUUCUAUUUCGAUUCAGAAAUUGCCGGCAUGGAACUGCAGGAGAUGUUUCGAUACGGAUAUAUGUUCCCACCGAGAGAGGACGAGGUCGUAUCCUGCACGUAUCUGGAUUUACCGAGCUACGCUUAUUCCAAGAGCAAGUCUGAUCUUCCACCAGUAAACAGCAUCAGCAUACCGCAGUGCAUCGUGUACGACGGAAAUCGCAGCGAUGGCUGGCACACGCCGAGUCCAACCGCAAGUUUACGAUCGGUUAGUCCUGCCACAACUUUGUCCGUGUCGUCAGAGCCUGACACGAUAAGUACUCCGGUUACGUACCGUUUAUUAGGCUCGAUGGAGGAACUGAACAAGAGGUACGCUACGAAGAGGAGCCUCGCUACGAUCAACAGCGAGGCAACGCAACACGCUAUGAACAUGAUCGAUCUAACGGAGGAAGUAAACAGUAUGGACGCGGAUACCGAUGGAACCGCGGAUCCUGAGGCUGAAACGGAGCACGAAAAGGCGCAGUCGUCUCGAGGCAGUGUCAUCAGCAACUCUAGCAGUUUCUCAGACAGAAUCGUAGACGCUGACAGCGAGGACGAUGCCGAAAUGAGCGACAGUCCCGAUCACAUAGGAUCCGAGAUCGAUGGAAACGGGAACAAUCGAAACGUGGUGAGAAGGAGAGGUAAAUACGUUAGCUCGACGAUCGUGAGGAAACGCAGACUGGCGGCGAACGCCAGAGAACGGAGAAGAAUGCAGAACCUGAAUAAAGCGUUCGAUAGAUUGAGAGCGUAUCUUCCGUCUUUGGGUAACGAUCGGCAGCUCUCGAAAUACGAAACGCUUCAAAUGGCACAGUCUUACAUCACGGCAUUGUACGAUUUGUUGCAAUAACAUUUUUUCCUCUUUUUUUUUUU